UGGGGACCCGCUCAGGAGACCUGGCUCAGCCCCAGAGCAGAGCCCAGCCCCUCUCCCGUGGGACGCCUGGGUCCACCCUGACCCAGCUCCCCCCUCGUCCCGACUGCCAGAAUGGGAACUUGGCUCUGGCCCCCGCGGGCUCCCUGCACACCCCUGGGAAGGAGCUGCCUGCGGCGGGCAGGCAGGACCCUGGCACGGGCACCAGGCCCCCCCGGCCAGAGGUGGACAUGCUCUACAGGAUCGAGGACGUGCCCCCCUGGUACCUCUGCAUCCUGCUUGGCUUCCAGCACUACCUGACCUGCUUCAGCGGCACCAUCGCCGUCCCCUUCCUGCUGGCCGAGAGCCUGUGCGUGGGCAAGGACCAGCUCACCGUCAGCUACCUCAUUGGCACCAUCUUCACCUGCGUGGGCAUCACCACCCUCAUCCAGACCACCGUGGGCAUCAGGCUGCCGCUCUUCCAGGCGAGCGCGCUGGCUUUCCUUGUCCCCGCCAAGUCCAUCCUGGCCCUGGAGAAGUGGCGAUGCCCACCUGAAGAGCAGAUCUACGGCAACUGGUCACUGCCGCUCAACACGUCCCACAUCUGGCAGCCCCGCAUGCGAGAGAUCCAGGGGGCCAUCAUGGUGUCCAGCCUGGUGGAAGUGGUCAUCGGGCUGCUGGGGCUCCCUGGGGCACUGCUCAGCUACAUCGGGCCGCUGACCGUCACCCCCACCGUGUCCCUCAUCGGACUCUCCGUUUUCCAGGCGGCUGGUGACCGGGCUGGCUCCCACUGGGGCAUCUCUGUGCUGACCAUCUUCCUGAUUGUCCUGUUUGCCCAGUACCUGCGGCAGGUCGCCAUCUGCCUGCCUGGCUACCGGCGGGGCCACGGCUUUGUCCUGCUCCGCAUCCAGAUCUUCAAGAUGUUCCCGAUCAUCCUGGCCAUCAUGCUGGUGUGGCUGAUCUGCUACGUGCUGACCCGCACCGGAGUCUUCCCCAGCCAGCCCGAGGAGUACGGGUACAAGGCCAGGACGGACGCCCGCGGGGAGAUCCUGUCCGUGGCACCCUGGUUCCGCGUCCCCUACCCCUGCCAGUGGGGGCUGCCCACGGUGACCUCAGCAGCCGUGCUGGGCAUGUUCAGUGCCACGCUGGCGGGCAUCAUCGAGUCCAUCGGGGACUACUACUCCUGUGCCCGGCUGGCAGGAGCGCCCCCGCCCCCUGUGCACGCCAUUAACAGGGGCAUUUUCACCGAGGGCAUUUCCUGCAUCAUCGCGGGGCUCUUGGGAACCGGCAAUGGCUCCACGUCCUCCAGCCCCAACAUCGGCGUCCUGGGCAUUACCAAGGUGGGCAGUAGGAGGGUGAUCCAGUACGGCGCCGGGAUCAUGCUCCUGCUGGGGACCGUCGGCAAAUUCACGGCGCUCUUCGCCUCCCUGCCCGACCCCGUGCUCGGCGGGAUGUUCUGCACCUUAUUCGGAAUGAUCACGGCCGUCGGCCUCUCCAACCUGCAGUUCGUCGACAUGAACUCUUCCCGAAACCUCUUCGUGCUGGGCUUUGCCAUGUUUUUCGGGCUGACGCUGCCAAACUACCUGGAUUCCCACCCCGGGGCCAUUAACACAGGUAUCCCCGAGCUGGACCAGAUCCUGACGGUGCUGCUGACCACGGAGAUGUUCGUAGGGGGGACCAUCGCCUUCGUCCUGGACAACACCAUCCCGGGGACGCAGGAGGAACGAGGGCUGGUGCAGUGGAAGGCAGGAGCGCACUCGGACAGCACGAGCAGCGCCAGCCUGAGGAGCUACGACUUCCCCUUCGGCAUGGGCGCGGUGCGGAGGAGCCGCUGGCUCAGGAACGUGCCCAUCUGCCCGGUGUUCACCGGCUUCAGGGCACGGCCGAGGGGCAGCGGCAAGGCGGCCGCAGAGGGCCCGGACGGCACGGACGGGGGCUCGGUGUGCACCAAGGUCUGAGCGAGGGGAGGCUCCCGGGAGGUCCCGCCCCAGCGCCGGAGGAGCCGAGCCGAGCUCCCGCGGGGCUGUCGGGGUUCGGUAGCGCCCA